AUGCCACAGCCAGAUUCAGAGGAACACAUCCAGGUAGAUACAAGCGACGAAGACUCCCUCAUAGAUGAACAAUCAAUUAUCGAAUCCAAUAUUUCAAUAACAUCAUCCGUACGAGAUUACUGUUACGAAAAUGGCCGCCGGUAUCACGCCUACCGCUAUGGGCAAUAUCCCAUGCCCAACGACGAAGAAGAGCAGGACCGCCUCACUUUAAUGCAUCAUGCCUUCAAGCUCCUCUUGGGAGGCGACCUAUAUCGUGCCCCGAUAGGCGACCCUCAGCGCAUCCUGGAUAUCGGCACUGGGACAGGCAUCUGGGCGCUGGAAAUGGCCGAAGACUUUCCCAAUGCGGAGAUUGUGGGCACCGACCUUAGUCCAAUUCAGCCCAAGUGGGCGCCGCCUAAUUGUAGCUUUCUGGUUGACGACGCGGAAAGUGAUUGGGCCUACAUCGGCAAUGAGCCAUUCGACUAUAUCCAUGCUCGCAGCUUAGGUGGCAGUAUUGCCGACUGGGGCCAGCUCCUUCGUCAGGCUUACGAAAACGUGAAGCCCGGCGGCUGGGUCGAAAUCCAAGAAUCCGAGACGUGGAUACAUUCCGACGACGGCACCUGCAAAGAUGCUGUUAUGGUGAGGGAGCUGCAGCAGAAGCUGGAAGAGUCAAGUACGAAAUUCGGCAGGCGCAUGAACAUUGCUCCUGAAGUGAAGGGUUAUAUGCAACGCGCUGGUUUUGUCAACGUUGUGGAUGAUAUCUACAAGUGUCCUGUAGGCACGUGGCCAAAGUCCCCUCGUCUAAAAGAGAUCGGACGAGUAGGGAAACUGAUAUUAUACGACUCGGUCGAGCCAUAUACGCUAGCUCUCUGGACUCGGGUCCUGGGUUACUCGUAUGAAGAGGCUCAAGCUUUCGUGAAGAAGGUGCAUGCGGAGCUUGCAAGUUCGACCUAUCAUAUCUACAUUUUCUUCCAUUAUGUGUAUGGACAGCGACCAUUAGACGGAUGA